CCAGGUUGGGGAGCACACGCUGGGCACCGUGCACACCCACAGCGCCCACUUCAAGGUGGAUCUGGAUGUAGGAGGACUGGAGAACUGGGUCUGGGCUGAGGACAUGACCUAUGUCCCCACGGCGGUACCCUGGAGCCCCGAGCACCAGAUGCAGAGGCUGCAGGUGACCCGGAAGCUGCUGGAGACCGAGGAGCAGGCCGCCUUCCCCCUGGGAGGCGCCCUCCCCCACUACGUGUACCUGGCCAGCAACCACAGCAACAAGUGGGGUCACCCGCGGGGCUACCGCAUCCAGCUGCUCAGCUUUGCUGGGGAGCCGCUGCCGCAGAACAGCUCCUUGGAGAGAGCCUUCAGCUGGGGGAGGUACCAUCUGGCGGUGACCCAGCGGAAGGAGGCGGAGCGAAGCAGCACCAGCAUCUACAAUCUGAACGACCCUUGGACUCCCACCGUGGACUUCGCUGACUUCAUCAACAAUGAGACCAUUGCUGGAGAGGACUUGGUGGCCUGGGUGACGGCUGGUUUCCUGCACAUCCCACACGCAGAAGACGUUCCCAGCACGGUGACGGUGGGGAAUGGUGUGGGCUUCUUCCUCCGACCCUACAACUUCUUUGACCAGGACCCCUCCUUCGAGUCUGCGGACUCGGUCUAUUUCCGGGAGGACCAGGGUGCCGGGGCCUGCGAGGCCAACCCCCUGGCUUGCCUUCCCCAGGCUGCUGCCUGCGCCCCAGACCUCCCUGCCUUCUCCCAUGGGGGCUUCUCUCACAACUAGGGGGUCCCCGGGGCGGGAAAUAUGGUCAGGGGCCCCAGGGCCAGGGUGCGUGGGGAGGGGAGCGGUAGGUGCUGGGCCAGGCGGCCUGGCGCCCUCUUCUCUUCCUUCCUUCCAGCCCAAGGCUCCCUGCCUCCCCUUCUCCCCAGGCCCCCUCUCUGUCGCCCUCCCUGACACCCCCUCCCUGCUGGGAGCAUCCUGAGCCUGUGAUGCCUGGCACUGGGGGAGGGGCAGAGACAUGACUCAGCUUUGUUGACCCCAGACCUGCUGGGUUCCCGUCCCACAGAGAAGAAUGGCCAGCUGAAGCCCGGACUGAUGGCCAAGCUUUUCCCAGAAGACUCCUGUUUUUUUGUGGUUUUGUUUUGUUUUUUUUUUUGCUUUCCGGCUUUCCCCUGUUGUUUUUCAACCCAUCUCCUGAGCCUCCUCAGUUCCUUCCUCGGAAGGUGAGGAUGGUGUUGCGGCGCUGGGGCUAGUCCCCUAGACGCUCCAGGGCAGGGCUCCUGCCAGGCCUACGCCUCCACGGAGGAGCUAGAAGGGGGUCCUUAGCCCACAUUCCUCUUACCCAACUUCUCCUCUCCCUCUUCCUUCCCUUGCCUACUUCCGCCUCCUCCUGUCGCCACCUGCUCUUACAGCCUCGGAUUUCCCUCCCAGGCCUGAGAGGAUAUGCCUCUGUCCCGAUGCUCCCCUCGUCUUCAUUUCUAAUUUAGGUCUCCUCUCCCGGCUCUCUGCCCAUGGAAGUCUCAAAAUGCAAGGGACCUCUGGUUUGAGAGGACAAUCCCUGUCUGUCCCCCUGUGUCUGUCACAGACUAGAGUAGGAGUUGUCCCCACCCCUGUCCCGGGGCAGGCUGUAAUUCCCGCAAGUCCCCUCGGCCGCUUUGUAUUCGCCUGCUUUGCACUUUCUGGCAAAGGACGGUCUCACGGCAGCCUCUCAAGUUAGCAUCUGAGGCGGACCUGUGGGUACCGGGGUGAUGAGGGGCGGUCAUCUGGGCCAGGCGUGUGUGUGACCAGUGAGCGCACAGACUCCGCAGCAGCGGACACGGACAGCAGGGGGGCGCCAACGGUGGGAAGCUCUGAGACCUUGGAACUCCAGUGGCCACCACUUGUGGCCACGCAAAUGAGCUGGGGGCUGGCUCCCACCAUGCUGUCUCUCAGGGGCUCUGGGUGAGGGGCGGGUGCGCCCAUGGUGAGAGAUUGGAACUACAGGCACAUCCUUUCCUCGAGGAUUGGUUAACUGAACUCCUACGCAGCCUUAUAAUGCAGGGCUGUGCAGCUCCAGCUAGUACUGGAGUCCUAGAGUACUCGAGUACUAGUACUCGAGUACUCUGUGUGUACUAAUAGGGAAAGAUCUUCGAGUGAAAACGGCAAGGCACGGAAGUGUGUGUGGUGCGCUUUGCCUUUGUGUGGUAGAAAGGGGGAAACUAUACAUAUUUACUAUAUAUGCAUAUCCAGAAGAAACCAGUGAUACUGGUUGCUUUUGGGGAAGGGUGGGGAAAGAGGAAGGAGGAGACUUAGCACUCCAUACCCUUUUGUGUGUUUUGAAAUUUGAGCCAUGUGACUGUAUUACCUAUUCAAAAUAAAUAAAAAAUGGGCCCAAACAGGA